AUGGAUUUGGAUCAUGAACAAUCUUCAAUUGAGGCCAUUGAUGCGAGUACAGCGGAUGAUGAUGGCACACAAUAUGGGUCUGAUUAUGAUGGAGAGGAUGAUUACUCAAAUCUUUCGACUGGAAAUGAAGAGUUUGACCAUCCAAAUUUAAAUGAGUCACCAUACACUGAUUCAGAUUCCUCAGAUGGGUCAGACCAUUACUAUGGGUAUGGAGAUCACAUGAACAGUGAUGCUGAACAGGAAGUCAAUGCCCAUGUUGAGGACAUGCAUGUGCCAUUGCCUAAUGCUGUUGGAGGUAUGCUGAAGAUUGAUACCCUCCAAGAUACACUUCGCAUAGAUCUAAAAAAAUUGGUACCACUUGACUUGAUGAAUUAUGAAUUUCUGGAUAGUGAGGUGGCUUAUCUUUUCUACCAUUGGUAUGGACGAGUAAAUGGGUUUGCCGUGAGGAAAAGUAGAAAGAUUCACAACAAGGAAGGGUUACUUAUACAGCGCAACUUCGUUUGUCAUAGGGAAGGCUUCCGUGAAGAUAGGGGUUUGACUAUGGAAAAGCGUCAACGUGAAUCAAGGUCAGAUUUCAGGUGUGGGUGUCCUGCAAAAUUUCGGGUACAUUUGGAUACUUCAAAUGGUCGGUGGUAUGCAAAACUCUUUACUGAUGAGCACAAUCAUGUGUUGGAAGAGGAUAAAAUGUGUGGCAUGAUAGCAGCUCCAGGAAAAUGA